AGCCGUUAUGGCCCAAGGGGUGCCCAGCACGGCGGGGAGGGCGCAAUCAUGAUUUUCCAGCGCUGCUCGUUGAUAAUAUCCAUGUUGCUAGCUUUUUGGCAGCAUCAUGCGGUGGUGGGGCAGCCAGGGGUAGCUAAGCCCAAGGCGAAGCCCAAGGGCGGCAAGGCGGCGGCCAAGUCUGCGGCAAAAGUCAAGCCAGAGGCGAAGGUGAAGCCCAAGGCCAAAGCAAAGGGUAAGAAUCCAGAGACCAAGAACAAACCCGAGGCGAAGCCCAAGGCCAAGCCCAAGGCCAAGCAAAAUGCCAAGCCAGACGCCAGGGCAAAGCCGACUGCCGAAGGGAAGGCGAAGGCCAAUGCUAAGGCAAAGCCCAAGCCUGUCAGGGUCGUGCCCGAGGACAUCAAUGCUAUGCUGCAGGACUUGUUCUCCGCGAAGGUGCAGUCGAUCGACGGGAAGGGGGCGACGAAGUUGUACAGGACGCCAUUUCACAAGAAGAUCGAGACUGCGUUGAAGUCGGGAGAGUUAAUGGACAUGCUGAGGCAGUCCGAGGCAGACUUCCCACUUCCCACGGACAAGGUCGGCUUGAUAUGCUUCGACGUGGCGUUCUUCAUAGAAUUCUACAUGGACGCGUUUUCACAGACCUCGGACGCGAAGGUCAAGGCUUUCGUUGAGUCGUGCAGGGCGGUCUGGAAGACCAUCGAUCCAGAGGUGCGCUCCAGGGUGGAGAAGCUGCACGACAGGGGGGAGCUGCGCAGCUCCCUGAGCAAGAGAUUCGACCUGGAGGAGGGCCCCGACGAGUGCCGCGUCGACCUCCCCGUCAAGAGCGACAGGGAGAUGCUGUUCGAGUUCGGCCAGGAGAUCCUGGAGUGGUACAAGGAGGCCGACGCUCGCCCGCUGAAGGAGCAGCUCGUGGAGCCGUCGGAGGUCGGCAGGGCGUGGGAGCACGCCGAGGUGGUCAAGUUCGACGCCACGAAGCUGCUCCCGAGGCGGGUUUUCAACCUGACCUGGCAGCGACUUCGGAACUGGCACCGCACGGACGCGAAGAACAUACCCCUCUUCCGGGGCCCGUACUUCGGCAAGUCGCCGUACUGUCAGACCUUCUUCCAGCAGACGCUCCAGAACUACCCGAAAUGGGGGCCGAACCACAAGAACGUCUCUGUCGCGAUCCGAGCCAUCGCCCCGUGGAUGCUGCAGAACGAGUGCGUCGCUCCCUCGAUCAGUUUGGAUGAAUUCGCAAAUCUGUCGUUGAGAUUUACCACGGAGGAGUACGGCUGGAAUAUACUGGAGAAGCAGGGCAAGCUCAUCAGGGGGUUGGCUGGGAUCAGGCCCAGCGAGAGCGUAAAGGUGCACAACCUCAACACGCGACGCCUGAAGAUCUUCCACGACGUCGAUUAUGGGCAGGCUCUGGGCCUGGGCGAUGCUGUGCAGCACGCCCACGCUUUUCUGUGGACUGGCAUUACACCAGGGUUGAUGCACAUCGACGCGUAUGACAAUAUUUUAAUCCAGAUUACCGGCACAGUUCACCUAUUUGCGUUCUCGUCCAAUUGCUCCGUGACCAUCCGUAACAACUACGAUCAUGACUACGAAACCGCUGGCAUCGGUGAUUGGAUCCGGAAAAAGGCAGCACGGAUCGACAACAAGGUAUACAUCUAUCACAUGAAAAUAAAGCCAGGCGACGGAGUGGUCAUUCCUGCCAACGCCUACCACCACAUCGUCAACGGCGACUCCAGACGCAUCGCUCUGAAUGUGUUUUUUGAGCCCAAAUUCAAGGAAAUGCGGUGGGAGAGUGCCCGGCGCACCCCGUGGUUUCGCCUGAACGAGGAUGUCCUGGCGGUGCGGAACCUGUGGGUGCAGGCAGUCGGCCACUUAUUCGACUCAAAGCGCGUCGGGUUUGCACAUCAGCUGAACAGAUUGGAGCUGAUCUGAUCUUGAGCGCCGAGCCUGUGGAGGAAAACAAAGACAUAUCCAGAGGGCACGACGCAUCAAUGACACCAGGGGUAAUCAUAGCGAUGACAAUGGUAUAGAUUUUGAGACAUGCGCGACGAGUAUCCACCUGUCUGCGGCAAGUCCCGCCACCGUGCCAGCCCAGGACCUGGGGUGGCAAUUUACAGGAAGCCGUCAUAAGCCGUCACGUGGACAUCUCGUGUCCCGAGGCUUUGGAGAGCCGUAACAUGCGACAUGAUCGUCCGCGCCAUGUUCGUGCUGGUGAUGGGAAUGAAUACGAAGAUGAAUGAGGAGGAGGAGAAGAGAAACGGCCGCCACCUGUGUUGUCUUCACUUCUUGAAGAGAUGCGAUCGGGUUCAUUUGCUCCUCCUCCGACCUCAACCUAUUUCUUCUCCCUCUCUUUGUUUUCUUCUCCGCCACUCUGCUCAGCCCGGCCCGCCGUCGGCAGCCUGCGGCAACGCUGCGGCUGCACUGGCGGUCGCGGUGGCGGUCGUCGGCGUUUGAUCUUCGGCGCCAGAGCACGCAGCUGAGGGCGCCACCGCCAGGGGAAGGAGAGGGG